AUGGCAACAACACCAACGAAUUCUCAUGGUGGAAAAUAUCGAUCAGAUCAUGAAAUUGAAAAAUAUCGUUUAGAAUUGAAUUGGACAAAAAUUCUUGAUAAAUUAAAAACAGCAAAAGUUUCAGAAUAUGCAAAAUUCUUAGAAGGAGAAGCUCAAUUAGAAUUAUAUUUACAACAAUAUCCAUUAACUGAUUCUCGUCAUAUUGAACAUGCAAGACAAGUUUUAGUUCGUGUUGAAAAUCUUCUUAAAUCUGGUGGAUUAUCUCGAACAUUUGAAGGUCAAUGUCUAUUAUCUAAAUUAUAUUAUGCUCAAGCACGUUAUGAUGAAUGUUUAACAAGUGUUGAUUUAGCAUUAAAUUCAAUUCCAAAUGAUAAUCAAGAACAACCACAUCGAUCAUCUUUAUUACUUGCAGAAAUUUAUUCACUUAAAGGACUUUUAUUAGAGAAAAACAAUGAAAAUUUAAUAGAUAUUAUUAAAGCUUUUGAUGAUUCAUGUAAAUUAAGUAAAACUUAUUAUGCUGAAGUUGAAAAUGCGAAACAUUUAAGCAAUGAUAAUUUGGAUAUUGAAAAUUCUUUAGUUGAAAUUGCCUAUCAACGUUUACCACUUUUACAUGCUUCAAAUAAUAAUUUACCAACAGCUAUUGAAAUCUUUCGUUCAUAUAUUCAAAAUGUUCAUAUUAAAUCAUUAGAAACAAUGAGACAAACAUUAAUAAAGCAAUAUGCUCAGUUAUUAAUAAAAUGUGUUUGUAAAGGAAAUUAUCCACCAUUAAGUACAACACUUGAUGAUGGUCAUCAUCAUCACCAUCAUCAUCAUUUGAUUCAUCGCCGAAAUUCUCAACCACCAUUUAUUCCUCGAGAUGUUGAUGAAGAAAUUUUAUUAUUAUUAUUAUUGGGUCAAUCAUCAACAUUAAAUGAAGCAGUCCUUGAUUGGCAACCAGAAUAUGAAGCACAACGUGAACGAAGUCAUCAAGCUGCUUAUAAUAUUCUUGCACUACUUGCAAUAUUUCUUUCUCGUAAACAAGCAUUUCAUAUUAUUGCUGAUUCUUAUGAACAAGCUCUUCGUUUUUCAUUUGAACAUUUUCAAACAUGGUAUAAUUAUGGUUUAGCAUUAAUAUCAUCGGGUCAACCAUUUCGUGCUUAUCUUAUUUUGAAAGAAUGUCUUCGAAUGCAACCACAAAAUAUUCAAGUUUAUUUACAACUUGCCAAAAUUAUUCUAGAAUAUAUUUAUGAUUUACCAUCAUUAUUUGAAACAUUUCCAUCAAGUGGUGAAGAUGCACAACCAAUAUUGAAACAAACACCAAAUCAACAACAACAACAAAAUAAUUCAAAUCAACAUGAACAACGACCUCCAUUUAUUGAACUGAUUGAUGAAGCAAUUGAUUAUUGUGAACGAGCAAAAGAACUUCAAAAACCUCCAAAACCUCCACUUCCUCGUUCAUUACUUCUUCUUGCACUUUCAAAAUCAUUUAAAGCACGACAAACAUCAAUUCAUCAAGAUCGUCAAAUACUUUUUCAAUCAGCUGUUAGAGAACUUCGAGAAUGUAUUGAACUUGAUCCAUAUGAUUCCAUAGCACAUUUUCAUUUAGCUCAAAAUUUAUGUUUUCUUAAUGAAAUUCGAGAUGCAUUCAAAUCUAUUGAAACAUGUUUAUUAUUAUCACCAGAUGAUAAAUAUGCUCUUCAUUUAUAUACACUCUUACUUACAGCUAAAAAACAAAUGCCGGAAGCUUAUGCACAAAUCUAUCGAGCAACGAUUGAUUAUCCAGAUAUCAGUCUGUUAUUAACAAAAGCUUCUAUCGAAGAAGAAUUAUAUGGAUGUGAACAAUCAAUUGUAACAUGUAAAGAAACAUUAGUACUAUGGAAAAAUGAAUAUGAACCAAUGUUAAUGAAUAAUACUCAUCACACUCGUGGAGUAUCACAUUCAAGUGCUGGAAAUCGUCCAAAUGGUCGAUCUCAAAAUCCAUCAAUAAAUACUGAAGCAGAUGGUGAACAAACUCUUAAUGUCCAACCAGGAGCAUUAAAAGUUGAAGAUGGAAUAAAAAAUUUAUUGUUAUUGGGUGUUCGACCUGUAUCUGGAUUACUUAGUGAAGAAACUUCUCUUGGAAAUAAUCGAUCAUCAACUUCAUUUUUCUCUGUUCAACCAAUUUAUUUUAGUUUACUUCAAAUUUUUGAACAUCUCGUUCGAUAUUAUAUAAAAUUAGAUAAAAUAGAUGAAGGUGAACGUUGUGUAAAAGAAGUCUCAUCAUUAAGUCCAUUAUGUCAUCAAAUGUUUUAUAUGCGUGGAUUAAUAAAUGAUGCUCGUGGUCAAUUAAAAUUAGCAAAACAAAAUUAUAAUGAUGCAUUAGCUAUUAAUCCAUAUCAUUUUCCAACAUUAAUUCAAUUAACAAAACUUUUAAUUCAAAUUGGAAAUUAUUCUUUAGCAGAAAAAUAUGCACGUGAUGCUAUUUCUAUUCAACCAUCAAAUUAUCAACCUUGGUAUUUAUUGAGUUUGUCAAUGGAAGCUCGUGGUGAAUAUGAACAAUCGGUUGAUGUUAGUGCAACAGCUGUGCAUUUAGAAGGAGACUCACCAAUCGUUUCUUAUCAUUCGAUAAUGCGAGUUCUCUAG